CCGUUGCACUGUGGAAGGUACAGCUUCCCUUCUGUGCCGUGGUUGGUUCGGUUCGUAAUUCUAUAUUCUAUGGUGGCGUUCAGGUGGAUGGCGGCAACCGCGCACUUGUUUCAAUCUCCGGUGUUGUGAAAAUGUUCUCGCUUGUUCAGAUGACUGUGGCAAAAUUCCUGAGAAUUCAAGCAUUUCGAAGUUGCUGCUUGUCGGCAACGAGUUCGCGUUCGUGCGCUGACGACACGAGUUUCAGGAACAUGAGCGUCGUGCUGGACGAACAGCGAGCAGGUCCUUUGCGGCGGUCCGCCGUGCUACGAGUGCAGCUGCCAUGUUCCCUCGCUAUUUCGGCCAUCGGCGACGACUUGGCAGCGGUGACCGCGAGGCUGAUGGGCGCUCGGCCGCAGCUGUUCCUUGGCGGCGAGUCGCCGAUCGCCCUUUCGAUCGACGGGACCGGCGCAGGUCAUCUCACUGUGACCGGCGUGCACGGAGGAGGAGGAGCUCAGGCGGCGCGGCCGGACCUACUGUGCCGUCUGCGCGUGCCCUUCAUGACAAGUAUCGAUGUAGACCUAUCUGGAUGUGCCCAGGCAGUGCUUGAAAACCUAGUCCUGGACCAGUGCAGAGUGCGGACACAUGGAUCAGGGAACAUUACACUGUCCAAUGUCAAGGCGAAUUCUGUGACGCUCAACGUGGAGGAUGGUUCCAUUAAAGCCACAGGUGCUCUGCAGGGAAACCUGGAAGCUGUAGCUCAAGGGUCAGGGGGAUUCAAGGCCAAGCGAUUCCUGGCAAACUGCCUCAAGGUGAAGACCCUGGUGGGGCAGCAGCACAUCUCUGCGGUCUAUGCUGAGAAGGCAUGUCUGGACUCCACAGAGGGUGCUAUAGACAUAGGCACCCUACACAGCCAAGAUGCUGUACUCGUGUCGCAGUCAGGUGCCAUCACAUUGGGGGGCCUUGACGGGGAGCGGUGCGUGGUGACGACCAACUCUGGAGACGUCUCAGUUGUGGUCGCUCACAGCCAGCAUCUCAGCAUCGUGACAGAGUCUGGAAAUGUGAUGCUGAGCUUGUCUGCACCCUGUAAAGUGACUACAGAUGCACCUGUGGUGAAGUCGGACUUCGAUGGCUUGUCGCGAGAAGAUGUUCGCUCCCCUCUUGAACCUCAAAUCACCGCCAGAAGUCGCUCUGGGAGUGUGAUCAUAAAGAAGCAAGACUGGAUCACUUCGCUCAACCUUGGAGGAGGAGGCUCCUGUACCCACAUCAGUUCCUUUCUUGGAACAGUUUGUGUCUCGCCUCGCGGACUGCAGUCGCCUCGCCCCGCUUAACACCGGCGUCUCCCAGGACGCUCACAAGUUUCGUUACGACUCGACCCACUGUGCUGUGACUUUUUCUCCUGGUGAUGAAGUUCUUCUUUGGACUCCUGUGCGCGUUCCUGGCUUAUGCAAAAAAAUUCUCACGCAUUUUAUUUGAUUUUACACGGUCAUUGAGCAGACAUCACCUGUCAUUUACCAUGUCUCGCUUGUUAGAACGCCAUCCGAUUCCCGUUGCUGUGGGACAGAGAUAGUGCAUGUCUCCCGCUUAGAACCAAAUACUCGACGCAUUUUAUAGUACUUACACGCAGCCAGGCAGCCGCUUCUACAGCGAGAGAGAAUUAGUGUGGGCGCAACACAUGCCUGGCUUUCAACUUCAUCAUCUGCACAUCUUUUCCAUCUGCAUAUAUCAUCACCAGCAGCACAGUUUAUUCCUUGAGGUAGUAGCCCGAGCUUGGCUGGAACAAAGCCUUAUGAUACAUACAUAUAUAUAUAUAUAUAUUUCUUGCACUUCAAGAAACUUCGUGUGACCUCGAAGACAUGAGCACUGAAGUGACGGCGCUAAGUAUAUACAAGACCUCAUAGUAGGAGACAGUUCUAUUUCACAGCCUGAGUCCCCUUGCUGGUGUAAUCUUCCUUCGUGUAAUUGUUGUAUACUUGGCUAA